AUGCCUCCCACUAUCGCCAUGGACCUCUCCGACGACUUUGCUAUGCCUACCAAGGCUGCUGUGCCAGCACCAUCGCGACAACGUACACUCCUACUCUCGCCGCCAUCGCUCUCCUCCCACCAAGAAAAGCUGACGCAAGUGAUGGCAAUGCACGAUAGACAGUCGACAGAUAUGCAGAUGCUGGACAGGUUGAAUAUGGGCCUAGUGUCUCUCCCUGAAGCCACUUAUGAUCUGAUUGUGGUCCUUUCCGAUGCCGACAACACCAGAAAUGAAAGUCAGUCUUUGCUCGGUCGCAAAGUGUUCGAGCUCUUAGUGAAGUCGCUGAAAGUUGGUGGAGUACUCCAGAGUCAGGACGAGCAACUCGGUGCUAGUGAGGGUGUUGAGAAGAACGAGGCCAUUCUGGCAGGACUAUCGUACGAGCCUGGAAAAGGCUUCACCAAGCAGGACUUCACACAGGCAGCCAUUCCUCUAAAAUUAAAUCGCAAGAAACAAAACGGAGUCGCACAAGCAGCAGGUGGUCUUGGACCCUCCAGCAACGGUUCUGUCUCCCUGCCACUAAACGGUAAGCGUAAAAGCGAGGACAUGACCAACAACGCACCACCAGGCGUCGGCUUCGACGACGGCUCUCUCAACGAUCUCGCCGAAGACUCAGACGAUGAACUCAUCGACGAAGACACACUCCUGGACGAAGAAGACCUCAAAAGCCCCGUCAAAAUUCCCACCGAAUGCAAACCAAAAGCCAAACGCCGCCGCGCCUGCAAAGACUGCACCUGCGGCCUCGCCCAACGCCUCGAAGCCGAAGACAAAGCCAAGCGCGACAAGGCAGACGCCACACUCAACUCGAUAAAGUUGCAAGCCGACGACCUCGCAGAAGUCGACUUCACCGUGCCUGGAAAAGUAGGGAGCUGUGGGAAUUGUAGCUUGGGAGAUGCUUUUCGGUGUGAUGGCUGUCCGUAUAUUGGUUUACCUGCUUUUAAGCCAGGGGAGGAGGUGAGGUUGUUGAAUAAUGAUAUUCAGUUGUAG